AUCCUGGAUCAGUUAACGACUGCACGACCCGUUCAGACUUCCUAUCACGUGGUGCAGUAGCUUCCUUUCUUCUCAGAACCAAGGAAAGAGAAUACUUCGCAAAAUGGAGGGUCAUGAAGCUAGGGAGCCUGAACAGCUCAGGAAACUGUUCAUUGGGGGCCUAAGUUUUGAAACCACUGAGGAAAGUUUAAGGAUCCAUUUUGAACAAUGGGGAAACCUCACAGACAGUGUGGUAAUGCGGGACCCAAACAACAAGCGCUCGAGAGGGUUCGGCUUUGUAACAUACUCCUGUGUGGAGGAGGUGGAUGCCUGCAUGGCAGCUCGCCCUCAUAAGGUGGACGGACGUGUUGUUGAACCUAAAAGGGCUGUAUCGAGAGAGGACUCUAAUAGACCGGGUGCCCACCUGACGGUGAAGAAGAUAUUUGUUGGGGGGAUCAAGGAGGACACACGGGAGGACCAUAUCAGGGAGUACUUUGAGACCUAUGGGAGGAUUGAGACCAUUGACAUUAUGGAGGAACGCGCAACUGGGAAAAAGAGGGGUUUCUGCUUUGUCUCAUUUGAUGACAAUGACACUGUGGAUAAAAUUGUUGCUCAGAAAUACCACACAAUAAACAGCCACAACUGCGAAGUCAGAAAAGCACUCCCAAAACAGGAAAUGGAGGCGUCCAAUCAGAGGAAUAGGGGUGGUGGCUCUGGAAACUUCAUGGGCAGAGGUGGUAACUCUGGUGGUGGCAACUUUGGGCAAGGAGGCUACGGUGGCGGAAGAGGAGGGGAUGGAUACAAUGGAUACGGUGGAGAGGGUGGAAACUACAGUGGGGGACCUGGCUACAGAGGUGGACGUGGUGGCGGGUAUGGGGGAGGAAGUCCUGGGUAUGGAAACCAGGGAGGAGGCUUUGGAGGAGGAUAUGAUAACUACAACGACAGAGGCAACUUUAGAGGGAACUUUGGUGGUGGAAGGGGUGGAAAUUACAAUGAGUUUGGCAACUACGGAGGACCGCAAUCUAGCUAUGGUCCCAUGAAAGGAAACAACUUUGGUGGCAGAAACUCUGGUGGUGGCCCCUAUGGAGGUGGCUACGGCUCAGGCGGUGGAAGUGGGCAUGGCUACGGCUCACAGCGAUAUUGAUACUAUGACGCUCGGGCUUCAGUUCUUAGCAGGAGAGGAGAUGAGCAAGGAUUUGUCAGGAAAGCUGCAGGUUACUGUACUUUUAGGCAGUCGUCUGAAAGCAUGUAGAGGAACAGAAGUCAGAAAGUUAUUGCAGCUUUAACGGGAAACUAAUCCUAAGAAAGACUGUACACACAAACUACAAAGUGCAAGGGUGUAGCUAGUACCUUAUUUGUGGUAGAUGUUCCCCCACUUUAUAAUUGUUCCUUUUGUGCAUCUGAAGUGUAUGUAUUGUUGUGCCUGUGGAAUCAGGAGUUUUAAAAAAUAAAAUAAAAAAGUAUUUCGAACUCCAGUCAGUUUUGAAUAGUCCUACAUUUAUUUUGCUGUAGAUUGAUAGAUUUUCUAUGGUCUUAUCUUUGUCGUUUUUGAAAAACUUGGUCCUGUCAGAAGGGCCUAUACGCAUCAGGCCCUCAAAUAAGCUAGAGCUGUCUUUUUUUUCUUUUGAAGUUAAUAUGAUUGCAAGUCUUUGUAUCAAGUGUAUUAUGAUCUGUAUUUCAAGAACCCCAUGUAUUUUAUUAGUGACAAGUGGUUAUAAGUAGUGCAGACAACAAUUUUAAGGAAAUGUGUUUUACACCACUUGUAUGCAGUAAACAGAAUUCUAGAUUGUAAAAAAUAUUUUGACAAGUGGAAAAAAGUUUAAUAAAGUUGUGUAGUAAAGUC